UCGUUUUAGCCAAUGGAGGGCGUGUUGAGCUUAAUUCGACCACCAUAACAAAAUGCAGAUUACAGGGUGUGAACAGAAAACUCGCGGGAGCAAUCACGCCAGCUCUGUUCAAGUGCAUCUGAUUAAUAACUACCAAUAAUGGCAACAAUGAAUAACUCAGUUUUGGAUCGUGCCUCAGAACCUGAGACUGCAGCUAAUAACUCUAAUUUGGAUUCUCUCCCAAAGCCUCAAGUUAUUUAUCGCUGUAAAAAAUGUCAGAGGCUUGUUGCAUCAGCAGAGAACAUAGUUUCCCAUGAACGAGGAAAAGGAGAACAAUGCUUUAAAUGGAAAAAGAGAAGCGGUGACCCCUUUGAAAGGGAACCAGCUGAAUGCUCCUCCAUUUUUGUAGAGCCCAUGAAAUGGAUGCAAACAGUACAAGAAGGUUUUGUGGGAGAGAAACUUCAGUGCAUGGGAUGCAAAGCACGCUUGGGUUCCUUCAACUGGGCAGGCAUGCAAUGCAAUUGUGGUACAUGGGUUAAUCCUGCAUUCCAGCUACACAAAAGCAGAUUAGAUGAAUGCCUUAUAUGAGUCAUAUCUAUUUUUGUUACAACAGAAUGAGUGGAAGUCCUAGCAAUUGUUGAAGGUAGAUAUCGCACAUAGGUGACCUAAAGUUUACCAUGCUUAGAUUUCCAAUAGAGGCACAAAAUAUAUUGGAACUGGUGGGCAGAAUAUAUAAAUUAACACCUAAAUUUUAUUUGGGAAGUUUUUUGGCACCCUCAACUUUUAUUAUAAUCUAUUUGAUCCUUAUAAUUUUAAAUUUUUUUAGUAA